AUGGGACGACAAAAUAAUGAUCCGAAUUCAAAAGUUGUUUGUUCUUCCAUCGUACUUCUACAAGAAAGGUUUCGACAGUUGCAGAGAUUAAAGGAGAAGAGAGAAGAGAGAGAGCUUCUUAAGCUGUUCGUCGACCCUUCGAGACUCCUCUCGUCUGAAACCGAUUUCCAUCAGAACUUUCAAGAUCCCCUGGCGCUUGGACUCAACUUGUAUGGAAAGAAUACAGCAGAUUUUCUAGCUCUCAAUUCACAGCAGCAGCCAUUACGUUCUGCUGCAGAUUUGAAAGUUUCUUAUAGUUUUGAAAAAACUGAUGUUGAUACAUCUCUUCAUUUAUAG